AAGUUGUCGGCUGUCCCGUCGCCAUCACUCAGCAAACUUCUUUUUCCGUCCUGGUCGCUGUUGGGAUUGUUUGGUUUUAUGAGAGGAGGAAAGCGAGCGGCACGAAGGUGAAACUGCGAAGGGAAUGGAGAAGCACAAAGUGCUGGACCAGCUCCUGAUGGAGCUCCACCGCUUCCUGCUCAUCCUGGACAAGGAGACCCUGAGUGGGAAUGCCACCGUCCAGAAGGGCUUGCUCUCGGAUCUCCUCCAGUCUUACAGAGCCUCCAACGGUGCAGACGAGGAGUACAUCUACAUGAACAAGGUUGUUGUUGGUGGGAAGGACAAAGACGCCAAAGAUGACAGAGCAGACACCCUGGUCAAUGGAAAAGCCGGAAAAUACAUCCCUGUCCCACAGAAGAGCCUUCCCGACCUGCCGCCCCCCAGAGCAGGCGUGGUCGGUCGGGAGCCGUUCCCCUUACCUUCAACUCCCGCUCACGCCUGCAUAGACCCCUCGGAGAGUUACUACGAGGAGGCUCAGCCCUACGGGGAGGCCUUCAAUGGGCCCUGGAUGCGAGUGCACAGCUCUGACAGUGUGGUGUAUGCUGUUAUCAACAGGGAUGACGGGGAGGCGGUCAGCAGCUCAUACGAGUCCUACGAUGAGGAGGAGCCGGUGACCAGAGGGAAGUCGCCGUCGGCGCAGCACCAGUGGCCAUCAGCCGAGGCGUCCAUCGAGCUGAUGAAGGACGCCCGCAUCUGCGCCUUCCUGUGGAGGAAGAAGUGGCUGGGCCAGUGGGCCAAGCAGCUGUGUGUCAUCAAAGAACACCGCCUGCUGUGCUACAAGAGCUCCAAGGAGCAGACGCCUCUGCUGGAUGUGAGUCUGCUGGGCUGCAGCGUGGUCUACAAGGAGAAGCAGCUGAAGAGGAAAGAGCACAAACUGAAGAUCAUACCUGUGGGAGGAGAGGCCAUCGUGCUGGCACUGCAGAGCAAGGAGCAGACAGAGCAGUGGCUGAAGGUGAUUCAGGAGAUCAGUCCCAAACCAGCCGAAAACUGUGACUCCCAGCACUCCGUGUCCGACUCGCCGAGGCUCAUUUGUACAAAGGGAGAGCUGAGCGAAAGACACUCGGUGGCGUCAGAGAGUGGCAGCAGCACCGACAGCCACGCCGAGACUCCCGAAAACAAAGAUGUGAAGAAAAAGUAUGGCGCAGGGUUGAAGUUCAGCAACCUCAUGAACAUCGGCAAGAAGAAACCGUCCUCGUUAGAGAGCCCAGAGAAAUGUGUGGACACCUCAGGCUACCUCAACGUGUUGGUGAACAGCCAAUGGCGGACCUGCUGGUGUCUAAUCAAGAACGGGCAGCUGUGGUUUUACCAGGACAAGGGCAAGAACAAAGUGAGCCAGCCAGCUGUGACGCUGGGGGGCUGCAGCGUGUUGCCCGACCCCAGCCCCGAGCACCUGUACUCCUUCAGGAUCGACAUGGACGGCACACAGCUGGCCACCUUAGAGGCUAAGACGUCCGCAGACAUGGGCCACUGGCUCGGCCUCUUGCUGUCACAGACGGGGAACAAGACGGACCCCGAGGAGCUGACGUACGACUACGUCAAUGCAGAGAGGAUCACCAGCAUCGUCGCUGCUGCCAAGACGUCCUAUUACUUGAUGCAGAGGAGGUAUUCAGAGCCAAACACUUACAUAGACACACCACCCGCCAUUUCUAACAACUCGGAAGAACUGUAUGAUGAUGUGGCGUCCAUAGCUGACCCAGAGGAUGUUGAGGAGGGUGGCCUGCCAGACGGAGAGGACAUCAAUCUGCAGGAACAUAGUGAGACAUGCACACAAGGAACCAAGGACUUGGCGGCAAAAGAAGGCGACACUGAUGACAGGAUUUACUUGGACCUCAUCCCUGUGCGCUCCUUCCUCCACACGUCCUGUGGGCCUAAAACGCCCCCUGCCAAAGAAACUUCUGGACAUUCCCCGGUCCCAGCAGAGGAGCAGAAGGAUGCCUCAUCUCAAGUGAAAGAGGUCACUCCUACUAACCGCACUGAGCCGGACUCACCACCUGCGACAAAUGGAACAAGUUCAACCUCCGCGACCAGCAAACCAGAGCAAGAGCAUCCAGCGACUCCCACUCCACCACAGCCACCAACUCAACAGGUCAAGGCCUCAGCCCAAAGCCAGGAGACCCCCAAGAAGAACAGUCUGGAAAUCCCGCAGGUCUUCAACUCCCCAGGGGGCCAAAUCCAUAAAGGCCCGACAGUGCAGGCUGCUGCUGGGCUCCCUCACAGUCCUAAGCCUGCACGGCCCAAAGCACAUACCAUAGGGUCCCCUGGGGCAGUGGAAGGGAAGCUGGGCAAGAACCGCACAGAGGCGGACAUGCGCCGCUACAUCGAUGAGCGCGACCGCCUGGAGAAAGAGCGGGAGGAGGUGAGGAGCACUCUGGCCAACCUGAAGAAGGAGAGAAGGGAAUGCAAAGAGGAGCUCAGCACCUGCCAAGAUCCCAAGCAGCAGGCCUCUUUAGAAGCCCGCCUGAAGCAGAAGGAGGAGGCGUGUCGAGAGGCGGAGCGCCGCAGGGUGGAAGUGGAGCUGCGACUGGUCGAGGUGAAGGAGAGUCUGAAGAAGGUGGAGUCGGGGCCUUUCACGCUGGGGACCACACUGGACAGCAGCCUCCAGGACACGCCUGCGACCAAAUCAGCCGCCAUCCCUGCUCCCCAGGCACCAUCAUCAUCAUCAACAGUAUCAUCAUCAGUAUCAGUAUCAUCAUCAUCAUCAUCAUCAUCAUCAGUCCAACCCUCCAACAGCAACGUCAGCGCAGACUCGGCCUCCCCUGUCAACUCUGCAUCUGCGCUAAAGAACAGACCUCCCUCCUUAAUGGCCCCCAAAGGCAACGUCAUGCAGAAAGCUAAGGAGUGGGAGAAGAAAUCCACCACCUAGAAGGAAAACCCGAACGAAUUCCUUUGACUUCUCAAAUCCUCCCGGAGCAGACAGCUCGAUCAACAUCCCUCGUCCUCAUCGCCUCCUUGCCGAGACUACAAAGAGCCAAUCAGAGAGAUGCACAGGCCGUCUUCUCAAAAUACCACUGGAUAAUCUGCAAUGACUUUUCAAGUUGUAUUUUUUUUCUCCAUUUACUAAAACGAGGACAUCGACGUAGUAGCAUUUUGGCCAGUCCAACAGCUGUUCCUGUUAAAGAUGCACGAAUGGGAUGUUUCAAAACAACAGCCAGAUGUUUUUUUUUAAAAACCACUGAAGUUUGAGAUGAAAGACGACCCUCUACGAAAAUUGGCCAUUUUGUACACUCUAGAUUGUAGCUUGGUUCGUAUAUGCUGGUAGCCAAGAUGUAAAUAUAUGUACACCAUUAUUCAGCCUGUUGGCUUGUAUUGCUAGCUAAAAAUGCACUUUUUAUUCAAAUAAAAAUGUACUGACAACAA